AUGGGCGAUCACUUGUUCACGGUGAGUCGCGCGGAUAUUUUCGAAAUUUAUCCGAAAAUUCUCAAAGAAAUUCUCACGUCGGAAGAACUCGCCCGAAUACGAGUUGCCAUCAUCGACAUACCCUCGGACUUUGAGUGGCAGUUGAAGAUGUAUUUUAAAUUACUUGAAUAUCAAAAAAAGAUAAAUCAUGCUGUGGAAAAAGGGAUCCCACUGGAACAGCUCAUCUACAAACGCGACCGAAUAAUGUGGGAUCCCGUCAUUGACGCACGAAUUUCACCUCAUGAUUCACCUUCCGACCUACAAAGUGUCUUGGAUUUGCAACACAAAAAACGAAUUUGUCCCAUUGGUGAUGGUUCGUUGGAUUUUGCGCUAAUUGACGAGGUGCACCUUUGGGGACUGGAGGAUUAUGCAAAGGCCGGAAAGUUGCUACAUAAGCCACCGAUACACGUUGAUUUCAUAGACGAGCACGAAAUGAGGAAAGUUUAUUCACUAAUCUACGAUGUCUUUCGAUACAAACUUGUGCUCAAUCGAACGUUAGCUGAUUCGGCAUUUUUCUCACAAUAUCCAGAGUUACAACCGGAUUUAUUUCGUGUCUGGCUCCUGUUAUUCGAUCUGUACUUGCGAAAAUUCAGUAAACGAGAUCCCGUGUGUAUGGCGUUGAAAGACAAAUUAUUUGCCGAGGCACAACUAUUGGAAAUUGAAAGCAAAUUGUACGCGAGCAAGACGAAAUUGGCAGCGAGCAUUACUCGAUUACGGGUGCAAAAUAAUGCACUUCAUUUAUCACAAUUACUACCAGUUCAUUUGCAAGAUGCCAAGGUGGCUGUGGCGGUUUCCUAUCCAAUUCUCACAGGCUGGAUCAAUACGUUCAAAGUGAAAGAUAAGGAGCAAGCAAUUCAAUCACUGAACAAUAUGGGCUUAACGGAGGCAACGACAGAGAAGCAUCGCAAACCGCCCGCCAUAAAACGCAAUCAAUUCCGAUUCGAUAAAUUAUGUCCGCAAUUCUUAUCGUGCUUCCCCUACGAUCGCAGCAAAUUCACUCGCAUCGAGAUGAUUCAACGGCACGAACUGAUACUGCAAGAUAAGACCUUUUCCAUUGGUCCCGCUGUCUUUUCGCAACUUUUGGAGUAUUUGGAAUUAGAAGGAGAUGUCGUCCAAACUCACAUUUCAUCCCCGAGAUCCACAGCAUAUCUGGCUGCUUUGCUAAAAAAUAACGAAAAAGUGAAGCAAUUUCUCGUUUUUGGCGCUGGAGCUCGCAAACAAGAGUUUCAGGAUUAUUUCAACGAAUUAGGAGUCGACAACGUGAGAUUAUUCGGAGAUAAUUUCGUCGAAGUUUCCGUCACUUCAACACUUUUGGACAACACAGUAGGGAUUUAUGCAUGUCCUCCAUGCUCUUAUUCCGGCAUCGCGGAUCCAAUUGAUUUAAUUUGUAGUCGCGGCGGAGAUUUGACAAUGCUCGAGAUGCUGUCAGAAUCGGAAAUGACGGACGACGGCAAACAACGCGUCGCUCAAGUACUCGAAGAGCAAAGGAAAACUCUCAAAAAAUCCAUGUCCCGACCACAAACGCAGUUCAUCCUUUACGGCACUUAUUCCAUCGUCGAUACGGAAAAUCAGGAUAUGGUUCAGAAUGCCAUCGAUUUCAUCAAUAAACGAGCGAAGGAGAAACAUAUUUUGGCGGCAAAGGAAAAAGCGAGGUUAGAAGCUCUUGCGGCUUUGGAACAAUUUACGUUUCCCGGGCAGGGAGGUCGUCGCAAGCUCGAAAGCGAAGAACAAUUGACUUCUAUCGCAACUUCUCAAAUCACUUCCGCACGUUUAGAUAAAAUUAACAAUAGCGAACCGGACUUGCUUCAGAUGCAACAACAAUGCGAAACGGCAGCGCCAUCCGAAAAAGACCUCGAAUACGAGUCGGAAACGGAUGACAGCAAAAAAUCGAAUCGCCAAACGGAUUCAAAUGCCGAUGAGGAAUUUGCCAAUAUUGAAGUGCCUCCCACAGAUAUCUUCGAAACGAUGAAUUUGCCGGAUAUUUGUGAAAAUCGCGAUGGUUGUUUGGAUUUUCAUGAACUCGGAUGUUAUUUAACGCUCAUUCGACGCAAAGAAAUUGUCCAUUUAGACUCGAAAUAUCUCAUCAAAAUCGCUGAGCUCCGUGGCAUUUUCGGCGAUAAAAAUGCUCCGAAGAAACCAAAGUCCAAAGCGCAAAAACGCGCCGAACGUGAAGCGGAAAAGGCGAGAGAAGCCAUGCUCGCUGCCGAACGCAUGAAAAAGAUGAAAAGACGUGGAAGUAACUUGAAUUUACUGCUGGAUCGAAUAAAUGCACCGACAGUAGCUUCUAUUAAGCGAUCACAUUAUGAGGGAAUCUCCGUUGCCAUUAAACGAAUGUUAUUUUUCCGCGAAGAUUUCGUUUGUAAGAGACACAUGUGUCAUCACAGCGAAUACGAUGGGUCGCUUUACAUCAGUUCGCGUCUCAGUAAUUACACGAAAUUCAGAGAUUGGUGGAAAAAGGCUGUCAGAUACAUUCGGAGGAUUCGUAUGAUGAUCAUCGAUGAGGAUUUGGACAUUAAAGAGAUUAUCCAUGAAGGUCCGUUGAACAUUGAUUUCUUGCCGCCGUUAGUUUUCGAUAGAACUGUUCAAAUUGAAGUCCCACCGCCUGUUGUUGUCGUUCCCAAGCCAAAAAUUGAACGCACAAUUUAUCCUGUAUCACUUAAUUUCUUCGAAUUUGGGCAGAAUUUCCGAUCGGAAGACAACAUUUUCCACUGCACCUGCUUCAAACAAGAAACCACCUUUUUCGCGAAGCAACAAAAGCAAGAACGCCUAAACGGCUCUUACUACGGCGCCACAUUCUGCGGAAACAAACGCCCGAAACGAGCAUUCGACUCAUCAGCAUCAUGUUGGUUGUAA